AUGUCGCGGCAACGACCUGAUGAGGAGGAGGAGGAGGUGGACACUCGUCAGGAGGCGGAGGAAGUGGACACUCGUCAGGAGGAGGAGGAAGUGGACACUCAUCAGGAGGAGGAGGAAGUGGACACUCAUCUGGAGGAGGUGGAGGAAGUGACCACUCAUCAGGAGGAGGAGGAGACGGUGGAUACCCGUCAGGAGGUGGAGGAAGUGGACAAUCGUCAGGAGGAAGUGGAGGAGGUGGAGGAAGUGGACACUCAUCAGGAGGAGGAAGUGGACACUCAUCAGGGGGUGGAGGAAGUGGACAUUCGUCAGGAGGAGGUGGAGGAAGUGGACACUCAUCGGGAGGCGGUGGCUUUGGACACUCGUCAGGAUGAAGCCCAGAGGACUGGCCUGAGACAUGCGAAAGGGACGCUGAUGUACAAGCCCUCCCCGGCCUUAUCUCACAAGCCGGCCCUUCACCACCCAGAGCCCCAGUACGGGGAGAACGCCAAGCCGUUCGUCUACAAGUAUGCCAGCAACGACCAAUACACCGGUACCAACUUCGCCAAGAAGCGGGGUUUCGUCAUUGCCGCCGUGCUGGCUGUUGCCGCCGCCGCCCCGGCACCGGAGACGCCGGGCUAUAAGCCCGCUCCGGCCCCCUACCACCCGGCCCCUCCCUCUCCGGCCCCCUCCUAUAAGCCGGCCUCUUACCACCCGGAGCCCCAGUACAAGGAGGAGGCCAAGCCGUUCGCCUACGACUACGCCGUCAACGACCACUACACCGGCACCAACUUUGCGAAGAAGGAGGAGAGCGAUGGCCACAACACCCAGGGAUAUUACUCGGUGGCUCUGCCCGACGGCCGUGUCCAGCACGUCAAGUACGUCGCCGAUGACUACGGCGGCUACAACGCCCAGAAUGGAAACAAAUCUAGAAGAAAAGAAAAAGGUUGA